AUGGCUAAGGCCGUUAAUGCGGCGGAUGAAGAAUCCGCCGACCUUCCCCGCGGCCCCGUCGAGGCCCGAUCGCUGUCCGCCAUCACAGGCAUCGCCUCCAAUCCCCCCGCAUAUCCUCGGAAUCCCACCCAGAAGAAACUUGAACCCCUGUCACUCUACAUCGUGCGAGUCCCUGGUAGCAAAGAUGUCUUUUUGUCGCCGCUUAAACCUCCCACCAAGGCCAGUGUUUCCGCCGAGGCCAUCAACUCCUCGCUGUACUACCUGCACGUUGCCACCCCGGACGAUCAAGCCUUGCUUCAUGAGGUCGAACAGGAACGAGAAGAAAAUGCUCGACUACGUCGCGAGAUGAGCGACGAUGGCGACUUACCCCCCGAAUUGGCGCGAUUGAAUAAUGUCCGGCGAAAACCGGUACCUGGUGGAGGAGGUCAUAAUGGGGACGCUGAGAAGAAAGAGUCCCCCUCUACGCCUCCUUCUCUACCUGUUCGUCCACCGAUGCAUUCCCCAUCGCACUCUACGGUGUCGUUACAACCGCCCCCUAUGCCGGCUCGUCCAACCUUGUCCCCGCGAUCAUCCGGGGAUUUCGCCGGCGCGCCUCAGCAUCGCCAGGACUUUCUCGACAAUCCGACAGUCGAUUCGACGUCCGCUCGUCCGCAUCGACCACUCCCACCCGUUCCCCAGGAUGAAGACGCAUUGGAUGCCUACGAAGAGAAGUUCAUGACCAAACCCCAGCGAUGGAGUGCGCUCGGGCAUCUCUCGCGCGGUCAGGAGUUCUGGAAAGAGAAGUACGAGGCUCUUUCUGCAGGGCGUCACAGUCUCGACUCUCGUGAACCCCGGAUGCGACCGACUUCAGCCCAUGCAAGCCCGACAUACCCGCACAUGGGUUCUCCAGGAAGAAGCCCCGGCCAAUCUCCCACCCGGAGACCGCAUGAGGGCAGGCUAUCGGAGCGGCGGGGUUUCCACAUAACCCUGAUUCGUCGCGAUCCUACGCAUGGCAGUCAGUGGAACGUCGCGACCAUGUCGAUGCCCCGGAUGGAUAGUGGUGCCAUUGACAUUGAGGUAUUCACACCGGGAUAUAAGCGAUUCGCCGGGCAAAAUGAACCUGUCUCUCUGGCCAGCUUGGGGAUAAACCUUCCGGCGGAAGCCCGUAACUCCCUCAAUAUCCCGCGGCAGGCCGAGGCUGCCGAGACCACCAGUAACGAACCUGCGCAACCGCGUCGGUUCCAGCGCAAGCUGUGCGUGUCCCGGCCGCAUGCGCCGGAGGAGUCGCGCGGAUCGCUGGACAUUCCCGGGGCUCGGCCCUCCAUCGACAGCCUAGGCAGACCUGGCAGCCAGAGUGGCGGAGGUGUCUCCAAGCUCAAGAGCGGUUAUUACACCUUCACCUCGCCCUGGAACGGCAUUUGCACCUUCUCCACCAGUGUCAACGGCCGCAGUCUAAAAUGCAAGCACAUGAUCCCCAUGCCUGGGCUCCCUCCUGCGGCCGGUGGGAACGGCGCGGUUGAGAAUCCCGCCGUCACUGUGGCCGAAAUCCGCUUCAACACGCCCUUCCAGGCCGGCCAUCUUCCUCAUAACCCGGGCCCGUCUCACACCUCGCCUUUCUAUCUCAGCCAAACCGCUGGCUUCAAAGACCCCGCUGCCGCUCCCGACAAUCACCCGGACGGCACCUCCGCCUUCCUGCCGCCAGGGUCGAAGCGCAGCUCUCUGGCGUACUUCUUCAACGCACACGCUCAAGCCUUCACCAACCGCCCUCGCUCGCGCUCCGGCGCCAGCACGCACUCCAACCCCAAUAAUAACCAACUGCCACCCCCGACCACGCCGCCCUUCCAUGCGCGCAAGCCCUCCCAUAGCAGCGCCAGCAGUGUCGACAUCGACGACCCCUCUGCCGAGUCGCGCCGUGCGCUCCGUCGCCCACCCAGCGAAGACCGACUAGACUUCAGUCUAGCCCGAGAACCAGCAGGUGGAGGUAUGCGCGGCAAGAGCGCCAAACUCGGGAAACUGGUCAUCGAAGACGAGGGCAUCAAGAUGUUGGAUCUCGUCGUCGCAUCUUGUAUGGCGGUCUGGUGGCGGGGAUAUUAUUAUUGA